AUGUCAUUCUUAUUUGGUGGUGGUAACCGAUCAGUCGAAGGAUCAGUUGAUCCUGCUAAGAUAGAAAUGGCCGUUGCUGAAUUAGAUAUGAUCACCGAUGUCUUUAAUCGACUCGUCAACUCAUGUCACACCAAAUGUAUUUCACAGACACCAAACAACCAUCGAUACGUAGAAGGUGAUUUGUUGAAGGGAGAAAGUGUGUGUAUUGACAGGUGUACUGCUAAAUUCUUCGAGGUCAACAAGAAAGUAGGAGAGAGGAUGUCAGCAAUGGGAAGUGCAGCUCAAGCCACCGGUUCUUUCGGUCGAUAA